AUGUUUCUUGAAAUAUUACUCGUCACAAUAAAACGCAUGCGGUAUAUUGCAUGUUACAGUAUGUUCAAAACGAUUCAUAUACCAUCGUUCAGUCGACUAGUAAAUGCUGUCAAGGUUGGAGAAUAUGGAAAAAUCUUUAUGGAAGAAUCUGAUGCUCCUGAUAUUGAACUAGAAGAGUUAUCUUCUCAGCAAACAGCUGAUGAUCAUUUUUAUGCCGACUUAGUCAACCAACCGGAUACAUCAAUCACCAUUUUAAUAUCAUUUAUCAUACCAGCUUUAUUAUGCUUGGGGCACAUAUUUACCUAUAAAAGUUCUAUAUACAACAAUUUUUUCUCCGCCUAUAUCUUCGCUUACCUUUCUGUUUCAUUAGCCACCAUUUUUGUUAUACUUUCCUUAGUGAUCAUUACAUUGUGCAGUAACAAACUCAACAUGGGUAAAAUGUCCAAUACCAAGGAAAGUUUUUUACCACUCCUUUGUGGAUUCAGCUACGCUUACAUUCCAAUCCUCGUAGCUUUAAAGAUAAUCACUAUAAUGAUGUUAUUGGGAUGGGCAUUUAAAAUGUCAGCGUUUAUAGCCCUCUUCAUCUUCAUUUUUGUAACAACAUACUUCUCGAUAUCUUCAGCUAAAAUAUCUGUUAUGACCAUGAACGCCAUGCCUACAAUGUCGAAGGAUAAAAAGCAUGUAUGGCUUGUUGCUUCUUCUGUCUUUACUACUAAAAUGAUAUUAUCCAUACACAUAUACCUCCAUUUGGUUUAA